AUGUAAUUGUUUGACAUAUUGCGCAUCGUUUGCAAAAGGUGUUUUAUAGUUGAAAUAUAAAUAUUGGAAAGUAUUACACAUUUAAUUAACAGUACUUAUUCUAAAUAGAUCACCUAAAAUAACAUCCAUUCGCUAAUAGUGUUGUAUUAAUCUACCAUGGCUGAUGUAUUGGACAUUGAAAAUUCCGAAGAAUUUGAGGUUGACGAAGACGGUGAACAGGGAAUUGCAAGACUUAAAGAGAAGGCGCGAAAACGUAAAGGUCGUGGAUUUGGCAACGAAGGCGGUGGCGGUGGUGCAGUAGAGCGCGGAAAUAGGGGAAGAUAUGAUAGUUUGGCCCCUGAUGGUGAUGGUAAUACCCCAGGUCCACAGAGAUCAGUUGAGGGUUGGAUUUUGUUUGUCAGCAAUGUUCAUGAAGAAGCACAAGAAGAAGACAUACAGAACCAGUUUUCAGAGUUUGGUGAGAUCAAAAAUAUACAUUUAAAUUUGGAUCGCCGCACUGGAUUCUUAAAGGGAUAUGCUUUAGUGGAAUAUGAAACAUACAAACAAGCUGCGAGUGCCCGUGAGUCACUAGAUGGUGCAGAUAUCUUGGGUCAAUCAAUCUCAGUUGACUGGUGUUUUGUUAAAGGACCAACCAAAACCCACAAGAAGAGGCGAUAAAAAACUUGUAUUCAUUAAAAAUAAACAUCUGAGUUAUGUAUUGCACUAAUUAUUUGUUGGAACUUUUGAAUUAUGUUUUAAAUCCAAUUGUCUGUUACAUUAAUAGACCAUAACAUCAAAUGGGAAUAUAGCAGAUAUAAAACUAAAAUGUAUUAGAUAUGAACAAAUAUUGUGCUUUAGUUAAUAAUUUUCUUUAAAAGAAAAUAUUUGUUUUCUUAUAGCUUUAUAUAUAGCAUAACACCGAAGUGCUUUGCAUAACUCUAUGUAAUGUCUAUUACUUAGGCAUAAGGAAAUAUAAAUAAGUCUUUCUAUA